CUGCUGCUUUCUCUGAACAGCAUCGUUCGGCAAUGGCGGACUACGAUCAAUACGAUGACCGGGAUCGGGCUUACGGGAGCUUUGGCGGUGGAAGGGGACCCAGAGGUGGUGGCGGCUCAAGCGGCCCCCGAAAGCAGAAGGAACUCCCCACAGAGCCGCCCUACACAGCUUAUGUUGGCAACCUGCCUUUCAACACGGUGCAAGGAGACAUAGACGCCAUUUUCAAAGACCUCAGCGUCAGGAGUGUGCGAUUAGUUAGAGACAAAGAGACAGACAAGUUCAAAGGUUUCUGUUAUGUAGAGUUUGACGAUUUGGAAUCUCUAAAAGAGGCUUUGACGUAUGAUGGUGCUCUUCUAGGGGAUCGAUCAUUGAGGGUGGAUAUCGCAGAAGGCCGAAAACAAGAACGUGGAGCCGGAGGCUUUGGCUUCCGGAAAGACGACAGAGGCCGUGGUGGCUCACGUGGGCCCAGAGGAGGGGGACGUGACCCCAGAGACGACUACGACAACUCUGGAGGUGGAGGAGGUGCGGAGAGUGAAUUGGGAUAUAGAGAAGAUGACUUCAUGGGUGGGAGGAGUCGAGGAGGCGGUCGCCCUGGUGACAGAAGGGGAGGUGGAGGUGGAGGCAUGGGGCGCUUCAGAGAUGGACCUCCUCGCGUAGGCCAGACAGACUUCAGAGAACCCUCAGAUGAGGAAAGAGCACAGAGGCCAAGGCUACAGUUGAAGCCCCGUACGGUGGCAGCUCCCCUUAACCAAGUGGCCAACCCCAACUCGGCCAUCUUUGGGGGUGCCAAACCUAGGGAGGAGGUAAUUCCCAAAGACAAACACUAAGAGACUGCAGCCUCCCUCUGCACUCCAAAAGGGAGCGAAAAAGAGGGGGAGGGUUGUACGGGGAGGGGGGAGGCCCCUGGAUAAAAAAGGAAAAAAAACGUAUCGAUGCCAAUAGGAAUGUGAUAAGGCCUCAGUCAUAAUUCCUACCUGUUUGAGAUGAACAGAGGAGCCCCUACUUCUGAAUUCAGAUUGCGCAACUAUAUAUUUAUUCAAUGGGAAAACAAAAUACACAAAAGGCCACGCCCACAUCGAUCAUCAUGACACCUGCGCACACCAACGAGCAGUUCAUGAAUGCAUGGCAAACUGUUUAACAAUGGUUUAAUGUCCACUUUUGCUUCCAUGUAAUUAGUCCCUGCUCUGUACUGUAGUUUUCAUCAGGGGAAUGUUCUUUGAAGAGUUUUUUGUUCUUCAAAGAGUUUUUUGUAGAUUAAACUAUACACAUUAAGCCCUUUCAUCAUGCGAUAAACAAUGUCUCCACAGUUGACAUUCGAUCGGCAUUCGCAUGAAGCAGUAUUAGAGGUUUAUUGGAUUGCUAAUACAACAUUUUAUUUUGUUCUCUGGAUUUUUGCUGAACUACACCUAGACGUAACUACAUUUAUUUCAAAGCAUCGCCCCUUUACAUUUUUCCACCAAUUUAAACACAAUAACAUUGGAAUGCACACUGGAUUAUACAUGUGGUGCUUGUUUUUUCGCCUGUCCUGAUGGUGUCUGUAAAUUGCCGUGUUUAAGCACAGUGUAGUCCAGUUGUACAGUCAGUGUUCAUAUUUUGAGCUGUGAAAAGGUCAUUUAACAAUGUUAAUUUCGGUAGAUCGACGGCAGUUCCACCUACUGCAGCGUUUGUGUUGAACUGAUUCUAAUAUUGCUUUGUCAUAAUGUUCAUGUGCAAAUGUCAACACUUUAGAAUGGACCCUGUGUAACCAUUUUGUUCUUUUUUUGUUUUGUUUCCGUUCUCUUAAGAAUUAAUAUGUAUCAGUGUGGCUGCAUUAUUCUGGAAGGCUAUACUGGAUUCUACCGGCUUUGAUCUCCAAAAAAAAAAAAUCUUUCAAAGACUUCAAGCAGGCAGGGGCACGAGGUGCUGGUCUCCUCCCGAAUCCUAAACGAACCCUCAUCCGAUUGGCUUAGAAAGCAUGUGGAGGUGGGGCCUCUAGAAAAGGGUGUGGGGCGUAGUCUUUACUCUGCCCUUGUCUGUCCUCACAAACUCCUCCCACACACCUGAAAGAGCCAAAACAUGGAGGACAGCAUCUCCAGGUUGAUUUCAUUGUGUUUAAGGACUUUAUGAUGUAUAUUCUCCCUUUCCAAAGUAUCUUUGUGUUUAAACCAGCCAUUUGGAAUUUGUAGACACGUAGGAGUAAAACCUGCUGUGUCCUUUUAUAUUUUGCUCUUUACAUUUCUUUACUGUGUUUGAAAAUUAAAAACUUGAGCUUGAUUCUUAAUUAAACGACUUCAAAGCGAAGAGAGCUUUUGAAUUUGUUUUUAAUUCUUUAUGAAAGAUUUUAGACUAAGUCAGGCCAAUCCAGGUGAGAAAUGCUUUCAGGAACAAUGUGCCACACCAUUCAUUUUGAAGAGCAACACGUAUGCAUGAUUGAUUUGGUUGGAGACACUUUGGGUCUACAGCAAAAUUCACAGCUUGAUGGCAAUGUAAUUCUUUCAAGAAAACAAAGGCAUUUUAAACUACAAUCCAUUUUUUAACACCAUCAGUUGUACUGCCUUUCCGUGUGAAGCUUAUUAAACAAAAAUGAACCGCUCGCAAAUUACCAAUUGAGGUGACAACAGGCACUGUAGUUUCAUCAUCUAAUGGAUCAAUUGUAGAAUCCUCAUGGGAAAUCCAUGAUGCAAUUUUUGUUUUCCAUUUUACUGCAUAAAAAUGAGGAAGUUCAACACUGCUUUUUUACUGUACUAUAGAGGUUGGCUGUUUUUAUUAUUUUCUUUUCAUUUUCCUACACUGUUUAUGGCAAUAAAUUGUAUCAUCUUACAGUGUUUGAAAUGGAUGUGUUGAGACAACAGGAUGAAUUUAUUCUCUGUCCUGUGAAACUAUAUGGUGAUUGCUGGAGACAUUUAAAGAAAAGGUUACUUUACCAAAA